CUAAGUACAACAACAAUCUUUUGACAGUUGUAUUGAAACACCCUAUUUCAUCAUGAAAGUUUUUAUUUUAACACUUAUUGCUAUUAAUUUUUGUGGUGUUUAUGGUAACUACGAUGCUAGACCCAUCAUCAUCCCCAAAAGGUUUCCUAGACAAACAGAAACCGGAUGUGUUCUUCCCUUUCACCCGCAAUUUGGAAAUUGGACAGUCUAUAAUUCAACAUCGAGCUGGUCACCUGAAAAAAUUGUACCUUCUGGUACAAUUUUAGAAGUUUCUUGCGACGACAAUUACCUCUUAGAUGGUUUAAAGUUUAUAAACUGUAUUGGUAGCUCAUGGCGUAACUCUAUUGGCCGAUGUUUAAAAAAAUGUCCACCACCGAACAUCACUGAAUUCCUGACGGUGAGAUGUUUGGAUAGUAAUAAAAACAAUAUAGAUUGCAGCGAAGCUGUUGAAAAUUCCACAGCAGAAUACGUGUGUCAAGAUUUUUACGAAAUUGAACAUCUGAAUACAAUUAAUAAUAAUAAUAUUACAUCUAACAUUUGCGUUGAUGGGAAAUGGACUAAGCGAACUCCGAAAUGCGUUCCUGAAUGUGGAAAAAAUAGAUUUGGUAAAUCUACAUCUAGGCUGGAUACGUCUGUGGUACGUCAAGAAGACUAUCCUUGGCAGGUGGCUAUUUAUAAUGGCACUAACAGAAAAGAACUCAUUUGUGGUGGAUCGUUGUUAAGUCAAAGAGUUGUCCUAACAGCGGCGUACUGCAUAUCAGAUAUUGAUGGUAAUUAUUAUUCCCAAGACACAUAUAUAGUUGCUGUUGGAAAAUAUUACAGAAUAUACGACGAUGAAAGAGAUUUUGGCAAAGCGUCCUUCUCUGGUGUUUAUAGUAUGCAUUAUCCUAAUUAUUAUCACGGUCAAAGUCACAAUUUUUAUGGUGACAUCGCCAUUAUAAUAACUAAAAAACAGUUUGUGUUGUCCGCGAGAGUUCGACCUGUUUGCUUUGAAAGAUCUGAAACGAAAGAGGAUUACUCAACAUUACUUGCUUAUGUCACUGGCUGGGGUUUCACUCAUGAAGAUGGUAAAUUCUCCGAUGAACUCAGAGCGUUAGAAGUUCCUUUAGUCAGCUACCAACAAUGUUUAGAGAAACUACCAACAAGAUUUCAUAGAUUUAUCACGGACGAUAAAGUCUGCGCUGGAUAUUUCAAGAAAAGUACUUCUGUAUGCAAAGGUGAUGGUGGUGGCGGAUUAAUUUUUAAACGAAAGAAUAGAUAUUACGUCCACGGAAUCGUUAGUGUAGGACCUAGUUCACCUAGGUUUGCAAUAAAUCGCACAAGCUGUAAUAGUCAACAGUAUACUGUUUAUACAAAGGUUCUCUAUUAUAGGAGAUUUAUAGAAGAAAAAUUGACCUUUGCAGAAAAGUUAUCUCUAGAGGAAGUGGUUUUAAAAGAUGAAAAUAAGACCAAAACGUCGGUUCAGGGAAAAACUGCACAAAAUUUAAAGAAAUGUUCCGUACCGAAACAUCCUAAAUUUGCCCACUGGUCUAAUGAAGAUGUGAACAAUGAUUAUAAAUCAAUACCUGGACAACUUGUGGAAUCUGGAACACGGUUAAGAAUAAACUGUAAUACCCGAUAUCUGCUAAAUGGUUCUAGUCAUCUGACGUGUGAAGAUGGUUCUUGGAGUUCGACUAUUGGCAACUGCAUAAAGACUUGUCCACCGCUAUAUAACACAACAAUUUUAAAAGUACAGUGCUCAAACACAGGUGAUUUAUAUAACGAAAAUUGUGUCAGUGCAACUGAUGGAACGUUAGCAAAAUUUCAAUGUUCAGAUUUUUAUGAAGAUGAUACGCCGAAUAUGAAUCCUAUUAACCUUUGCGUGAAUGGUCGAUGGAAUUAUCAGAUGCCACAAUGUUCUCCGGAAUGUGGUAAAUUGAGAUACGAUAACGGAAAGGAAAACUAUUUUUCGUGGCAGGCUACUAUCUAUACAACUAACAAGGACAUAAUUUGCAGUGGUUCUUUGAUCAACGAAAAAGUUGUUUUAACAGCUGCCCACUGUGUAACAGACACGAUGUCGAAAUUAAAACCCAAAGAUACCUUUCUGGUUGUGGUUGGGAAUCACUAUCGAUCUUUCAAAUAUGCCCAAGACUAUCAACACAGUCAGAUUUCUAGAGUUGAAGACAUAUUUCUACUGGAAUCUAAAAAUACUAAAACGUACUCUGAAGAUGUUGCAAUUUUGAUAGUAAAAGAAACUUUCAAAUUUUCUGAAAGAGUUCAGCCUAUAUGUUUGAAUAAGGUUCUUGAUACUAAAGAAACUUUCACAGAGAAAUAUAUGUUUAUGAAUGGAUAUGGAUAUAAUAUUGAUAAGUUUGCAUAUCCUGACACUCUUAAAACAGUCAGAAUACCUAUCGAUUCUCUAACGAAUUGUACCGAGAAAUUUGUGUCUAAUAACAGUUUCUUAAAUCGAAAUAAAUUAUGUGUUGAGCACGUCAAUAAUAGUUUAAUGACCUGUCAUGGUGACACAGGAGCAGGAUUAGUUUUUCAGCGUGACGAUGGACGGUUUUACCUACGUGGAAUUUUAUCGCUGUCACCAACUGUUCCAACUUCGGCGGGAGUUUGUAGCAGACAAGAAAUAUCCGUUUACACUAAUAUUAAUACUCGCUUAAUAAUGAACUUUAUAUUAAGAAAUGAAGCCAAAUUUAGACCACAUUAUGACGAGGCGAUAUAUUAACUAAGAGAGAAAAACUCUUGUUAUUUGUUAAAAUAUUUCUAAAUGAUAA